CUGCAGCUGCACGUAGAGCUCGAAUCACCGUCGGAGAAGGAAGUUUGUUGUCGAAAAUAUAUAUUUACUUACUUAUUUACACGACUACGCGGGGUUAAAUCGCCUGUACCAGUUGUGGGAACACGUUGUACUUCCAACCUAAUUCACUGGAACUGCUCAUGAUAAACUUGAAAAUGAAAACUGAAGUCUCCACUGCGGCUAACUUUGUUACUCGUCUGUUGAGAGGAACAAGGCUGCUUUCAGAAGAACAGCUGCAACAAUUCAGAUUCUCUUUGGAAGAGUCUUUGGGUGAUCACUAUCUGCACCACUGGUUCCCAAACGCACCCUGCAGAGGUUCAGGUUACAGGUGCAUCCGGAUCAACCACAAGAUGGAUCCUAUAAUAGGCAGAGCCGCCAACACCAUCGGACUCACAAAGGAACGGCUCUUUUCCCUGCUGCCAAGUGAGCUCACCAUGUGGGUCGACCCGUUUGAAGUGUCCUACCGGAUCGGCGAGGACGGGUCCAUAUGCGUUCUCUACGAGUCCACGCCUCAAUCGGACACAAAUCCAACACCAGUGGAGAGCUGCAAAGAUGGACUGAGAAUCGGUCACCCAAGUCCAUCCAAAUCCUUCGGCAUGAUGACUUGUUCUAGCUGAAAAGUGAUUCUGUGUGGCUACUCGUGAGCAUAGUCAAUAAAACACGGCUCGCGUAUGAUUUAAUUCUUUUUAAGCUUUUUUCCCCAGACAGAUUUUUUUAAAUCAAUGGUGAAAUUUUCAUUUUAAUGACCUCAUUGUGAAAACAGAUGUAUUUUGAUUAAAUGUUUUAAGCUCCCUGUACAGUCAUGUUAAAUAUGUGUUUUUUAAAUUUCUAUUAAAAGUUUUUCUAUGAAUUUCUAAAAGA